UGCGUUUGACAGACAGCAAGUAUAUGUCGGCAAAUAUGAUGCACAUGAAGCAAUGGAUGCCAACAGCUAGCUAGCCAGUUAAAUCGGCUGUCGGCUAACGUUAAUGUCUUUGCGUUUGAAUUAAGCUUAUCCUUAUCAAGGCUAUGGACUGGGACUUGCUAGACCUUAACUCUAGGAUAAUAUCGGCCGUGAAGAAAGCAAACGUGAAGUCGGCGCGGGAGAUACUGAGUCUUACGUGUUUCGAUCUGCAGCGCCUGACUCAGCUCUCUCAGGUGGACGUGAAGCUUUUAUACACCGCAGUCGCGACCGUCUACCGUAAAGCACCGCCAGUCACAGCAUUGCAGCUGUACCAGAGAGAAUGCCCUGCCGCGGAAUCCUGGCAGAGGUUGACUCUGGGAUGUCCCGUGCUGGACAGUCUGCUACGAGGCGGCGUACCGUUGAGUGGCAUCACAGAGCUGGCUGGGGAGAGUGGUGUGGGGAAGACGCAGGUCGGCCUGCAGCUGUGUUUGACUGUGCAGUACCCCCAGGAACACAGGGGACUUGGCUCAGGAGCUGUGUACAUCUGCACGGAAGACUCUUUCCCCAUCAAGCGCCUACGACAGCUCAUUACCCAGCAGUCCCUGCUCAGGCCCGAGCUCCCUGCUGAGCUGGUGCACAGCAUUCGCUUCAGUGACAACAUCUACAUCGAGCACACUGCUGAUCUGGCGGCGCUGCAGACCUGUGUGACACGGCGGGUGCCGAUCCUUCUCUCUCGGGGCCUGGUUCGGCUGGUGGUGGUGGACUCGGUGGCCGCCCUUUUCCGCUGCGAGUUCCAGUCAGAUGAGACCGUUGAGAGAGCUCGCCAUCUGCUGGCCUUCGCAAGCGCUCUUCAGCGUCUCAGCCACUCCUUCCAAGCACCUGUGCUGUGCAUCAACCAGGUGACAGAUGUUGUGGAUAAUUUCGAUCCUGCCAGGUGUAGUUUUGGGCUGGUGGAGACCAGGGUACUUCCUGCGUUGGGAAUGGCCUGGGCCAACCAGGUGCUCCUGAGGCUAAUGCUGCGGCGGCUGGAGGGACAGAGCGAGGCAGGGGGCUCGGGCGGCGUGCCCCGAAAGCUGGAGGUGGUGUUCGCCCCCCACCUGCCCCAAGCGUCCUGUCUGUGCAGUGUGGGAGUCGAGGGGGUGAGAGGAAUCCCUCCUGAACCGCAGCCCUCGGGUCUGGGAAUCCAGUGAGGAGACCGCACACUUAUUCCUGUAGUGACUCAUUCGCUCCAAUGAUGCAAACUUUGUGCUACAGCUGCAACAGGACCAGGCUGGUAAUCAGGAGCUUGAAACACACAUGUGGCCUAAGAGUAUGCGUGAAAGUACAGUGCAGGACCAAGAGAAACGGCUUCACUCUGUCCUGGCCAGGAAUGACAUUUCACACAAACUGGACGUGUACAACAGGAAGCAGUGGAACGUUCUUUAUUAUUUAUCUUUCUGUGUAAUAUUACCAUAGAAUAUUUUGCGAGACAAAUAUUUCACCACAGGGGAGAGGGACGCAGCCAGCUCAGCGGGCAGCCUGGAGAGGAGCAGCCACUGCAGUGUAGCACAGAAGUGGUCCAGAGUCUGCCCUGCCCAACCCCCGACCUCCCUACCACCCACAGUGCCACCCACAGGAAGGAACAGAUAGUGCACUUAAAAAAAACACACACACAACAUGGCAGAUCAUCAACUGCUAAAACAGGGUUAUGUCAUGCAAGUCACCCAGUAAGCCCAGUCGUACAGGAUCAGAAGUCAGUGGGUUCAUCUCACUACAACCUUGCCCCUUUGCCACUGUGUUGCCUAUGUAGUUUCAAUGACUUAAAGUACCACAGUGUGUUUAAUUCUGCCUUUUUAAGUGAAGCACAAAACAGAUAACCACAGAAGCCACUCAGAGCAUUAAUCACAUUUUUAGUUUCCUAACAGCCAUGGACCACUGUGCCCGAGACCAAAAGCAGAGAGGAGAUCAAGACCAAUAUGGAGGCAGAGAUAUCUGAUAUGUAUGUGUAAAUAACAGUUCUGACAAGAAGACUAAUCGCAUUUUCAAGACUGACAAAGGCUGCAAAUUGUCAGCCCUGAAGCUGAGACCAGUGUCUAGAGUUAAGAUGCCAUCACUUUUUCUCUGCAGUCUUCUUUAGAUCAUACACAUUGGAAUGGUAAUACAUGUGAUGUCCACUACAGUCUUAGAUUAUGUGUUUCUCUUAGUUUAGCUAGGUUUGAGUGUAGCUCCAUUUUGUAAAAAGAUCAUUUUUGAACAGGAACACAAUGAAAUGCAAGUUUAAUGAGAAGAUACGUGGACAAGGGGCAGGUUUUGUGACAGUAUACCAUAUGUUGAAAAUGUACACAGUAAUAUGUAUCAAAAGAAGACUUCAUUACCUCCAACUGAAUAUCCAUAUGUGCCUCCAAAUGUAAAACAUCUUCAGUCACUGUGGUGCUAAUUCAGUAACCCUUGUUUUUUUU